AUGGAGAAAGGUGUCGGUUUGAGAAAACAGAGGCAAAGAGGAGACAAAUAGAUCAGAGAAGAAGCUGAUUGAACGUGAUUUCUGCUAAUCUUUUUCUGUUUUCUUUCCCAUCCUUGAAAAACAGCCCAUCUUCACUUGCUUCACUCUCUUUGUCCUUUUCUCACUAUAAAUCUAAACCAUUUCUCAUCUCUCCAUCUCCAUCUAUCUUUGGCUUCAUUUUCCUUUGAAAAUGGCAAUGGGUGUCUUCCCGUUGCUUGCUUUCUUCUUGCUCUUCAAUGGCUCUGCUUUGGCUGCUAACUACAUGGAAGGGUUCCUCAAAAAUGGAAACUUUGAGCAGAAACCAAAACCCAGUGACCUAAACAAGACAGUACUCAAAGGAAAAUAUGCAUUACCUGGCUGGAUCACCAAUGGCUUAGUGGAAUACAUCUCUGCUGGCCCACAGCCUGGUGGGAUGUAUUUUGCUGUGGCUCAUGGUGUACAUGCUGUGAGACUUGGCAAUGAGGCUUCAAUUUCUCAAACAAUUCCUGUAAAACCAGGCUCUUUAUAUGCUCUCACAUUUGGUGCUUCAAGAACUUGUGCCCAAGAUGAGGUUUUGAGAGUCUCUGUGCCUCCUUUGUCUGGCGACCUGCCUCUGCAGACACUUUAUAGCAGUAAUGGUGGUGACACUUAUGCUUGGGGAUUUAGAGCCAAAUCUAAUGUUGCUACUGUGACUUUUCACAACCCUGGUGUCCAAGAAGACCCUGCUUGUGGACCACUCAUUGAUGCUGUUGCUAUUAAGGAGUUGUUUCCUCCAAGGCCCACAAGAGAUAAUUUGGUUAAGAAUCCUGGAUUUGAAGAGGGUCCUCAUCGCUUACUCAACUCUUCCAAUGGUGUCCUCCUUCCUCCAAAACAAGAAGAUCUCACAUCCCCACUUCCCGGUUGGAUCAUUGAAUCACUUAAAGCUGUGAAGUUCAUUGAUUCAAAGCACUUCAAUGUUCCAUUUGGAUUGGCAGCAGUUGAGCUUCUUGCAGGAAGAGAAAGUGCCAUUGCCCAGAUCCUCAGAACAAUCCCCAACAAAAUCUAUAAUCUCACAUUCACUGUUGGAGAUGCAAAGAAUGGCUGCCAUGGAUCAAUGAUGGUUGAAGCAUUUGCUGAUAAAGAAACCUUUAAGGUUCCAUUUGAGUCCCAAGGAAAGGGUAUCUCCAAGACUGUGAGCUUCAAGUUCAAAGCUAUUUCAGCAAGAACAAGAAUUACAUUCUACAGUUCAUUUUACCACACUAGAGUUGAUGAUUUUGGAUCCCUUUGUGGUCCUGUUCUUGAUCAAGUUAGGGUUUUUCCUGUUGCUUAGAUUAUUGAUUAUAUCAAACGGAUAAUGGAAUUUGUGCAACGGUCUAUAAUAUCCAAAUAUAUUGUAAAUUUGACCGUUGAGGCCAUUUGCUUUGCUUUUGUAUUUAUGUGAACCAUCCAUGUCUCUGCUUUCCCUGUGGGUUGUUCAAGGGUUGCAACUUCUUCAAAGGUUUUUGCCUUGCAUUUUUCAUGAUCUA